UGUUUCUGUGGUUACCAGGCAGCAUUGUUUGGUGUAUGAUUCUAGAGUGGAAUGAUGAACCGUACAAUUUAAAAAAAUAAAGACAGUUGUAUAUAAGAAUACGUUGGUCUCAUUAAACACAUACAAUACACUAAAGAAAAAAUCUUCAGCGCUAAUGAAUGCUGGUAUUUCGGGGAUUUGAAAGAUUCUUAUUGCAACAAAGACAAUGUCCACAAGCAACAUUAGGGAGAAAAUUAAAAGUAAGCGGAAAGCACUACAGGAAUCCUUGGUGAAAAACAAUGAUGACAUUGAUACACAGGCGCUUGUUCCCUCGGAAAUGAAAAGCAAUAAAGAAAAAGAUCAGCAUUUCUUGGAGGAGAGAAAUGGGGAAAAUGAAGUGGAAAAUUUGAAGCGUACUUUGAAAGCGCAAAGGGAGAGGAGGAAAAAGCAAUUUAUGGAAAGUGCAGUUGAUGCUAAUGCUGAGGAUUCCGCAGAAAUUAAAAGUGCAGUUGUUCAUACCCAAAGAACCUUACCUCCACUUCCUUCAUCUACUCCAAGCUAUACUGGACAUUCUGUGAGAGAGCGUAUGAGAGAAAAGCUUAAAGCUGGAAGGUCAAAAGGAGAAAGUAUAAUUCAGCAAGAAGCAACAAGUAGCCUUUCAAGAAGUUUGAAGUCUUCACUAGAUAGAGAAAAAGUCACCAGAUUUGACACUGAGGCAGAUGACCAUGAAGUUAGAAGAGGGAAAGAAGAAUCUCCAAGUACAGCCAGAGUCAAAUUUCGUGAUAUAGUGCACCGAAUGAAACAGAAAACUCAGGCUUCUAAUGACUUCCCCACACAUGAUGAUGUUUACAAUUUCUUCACUUUUAAUUUUGAUCCUGAACCUCUUGAAAUAAAAGAACAAACAAGCAUUAAAAGGAGCUCUUCAAAUGAUGAAAAGAAAAAUGACGGGAAAAAAGAAAGACCAGAGGAAGAUGAAGCAAUUGAAAAAGACCAGGAGGUGGAGAUUGAGAAUGAGGAAGAGGAUGAUGAAAAUAGGGAUGACUCUCCUUUGGUCGAAACACAUGAUGAAGACCUGUUUAUAAUUGAGCAAACAGCUCAGGAUUUCCUGGAAAUGAAGCCUGCUGAAUUUCAUGGAUAUAAUAGUCAACUACAAAGAGAACGAGAGGUCCUUUAUACACCAAGUGCUUUAACUGUUCCUACUUCUCAAAAGGUUCCACAGAAUAUGAAACCUCGAUAUUUGGAAGAAGAAGGACUAUAUGUUGGUGAGCGUCCUGAAGUUUCAUUCACUAAUCAGAAUAUUCUUGAGAACAGACUAAUCCAACAAGAUGAGGGAAAAAAAUGGUUUGGAGAUGAUGGGAGGGUAAUGGCUUUGCCCAAUCCAAUCAAAGAAUACUCUACAAGGCCUUCAGUAUUUUCUACAUUUCAAGAUUUAGAUCCUACUCUAGAAACAGUGUACAGGAAGGCUACAAAAUCAAAAUUCACCAAUCACUAUAUACUUGGUACUGGGGACCCACAAGGAGACUUUCAGUUGGAUAUUGAUGUUUCAGGACUGAUUUUCACUCACCAUUCAUUGUUUAGCCGUGAGCAUGUCCUGGCAGUGAAGCUGGCUCAGAUGUAUGAUCAAUUUCUUGUGCGACAGCAGAAGAACCUCAGCAAUCUACUGACAAAUAAGUUGCAUGCACUGAGAAAUGCUGUGCAAAACAUUAUGCAGCUGCACGGUGGGUUAAUCUUAAAUCCGGCAACACAACAUCGAGUUGAAGAAUAUAAAAUGGAAAUCAGACAUACAAGAAAAUUGCUCAAUCUUGAACUAGAAAAGGAUCGGAUGUUGUUGAAGGGCAUUAUAAAAGUUUGGAAGGAUAUAAAGGCACUACGGGAGUUUCAGAGAUUUACAAAUACUCCACUUAAGCUCCGUUUAAGAAGAGAUGAAGUAAACAAAAUGGAAGAAGAGCAGAAUUAUGAAUCUGAAAUCCAGGCUGAAAUAAGUGAGCUAGUUGAACAGUGCGAAGAAGAAUAUCAAAAGAAACUUACAGAUUAUGAAGCAAAGUAUGCAGAAUGGAAAGCAUGGAAAAAAAAGCAAAAAGCCAGAAGAAAGAAGAAGCAACAACAAGAAGAUGAAGAAGAAGUACAUGAGAAAGAAAGCAUUUUGGACAUGGAAGGAGAACCAACCAAACCACAGCGUCCUGAUCCAGUAGACUGUGCAGCUUUAGAACAACAAGUUCGUGAAAAAGCAGUUGCCUUUCGUAAAAGACCAGGGGAACCUAUUUUAAUUCCAGAGCUGACCACCGCUGGCAAUGUUACACCAAAUGAGCUUUGCCCAAGGGGUGAAAUUUUACGCAGAGAAGAUACCCUGAAACAUUCAGUCUUCAUCAAAGUUGUUUUUAAUAACAAAGAAGUUUCCCAGACAGCUAGCCGCACUUUAAAUUCUGAUUUCAGGGUACAUUUUGGGCAGAUUUUUAACUUGAAAAUAAUUAACUGGCCGGAAAGCUUGAAACUACAAGUGUUUGAGACAGUGGGGUCAUCAUCUUCAAUGUUAGCUGAAGUGUUUUUACCCAUUCCUGAGACUGCUGUCCUCACUGGAAGUGCCCCUUCUGAAGAACAUGAAUUCAGCAGCAAUCAAAGGAUCAUGUUUGACCAUGAAGGAGUUGGAAGUGAUGUUCCGUUUUCAUUUGAAGCAGAUGGUAGUAACAAGCUUAUUCUUCUGACUUCGGGUAAAGUGUCCUGUAGUGUGUCAUGGGCAGUUGGAGAGAAUGGUGUACCCCUAAUACCUGUAGUGUCGCAGCAAAACGUAGGGGUUCCAAGUCCCCUAAAGCAGCUUGAUGCAAUCUCGUAUAUUGGAACCUCUGGUUUAACAGACAUGAAAAAGUUGGCAAAGUGGGCAUCAGAAUCACGUCUGGAUCCAAAUGACCCAAAUAAUGCUACACUUAUGCAAUUAAUAAAGAUUGCCACUAGUGGAGAGGUGCAGAUCCCUGACUAUUUCAGACUGGAACAAUUACAAGAAGAAUUUAACUUUAUCAAAGAGGAAGAAUUUCAGAGGUCAAAGAGGUUUAGGCUUUUAGAUCUUCGCAAUCAAGAAGUGCCAGAGUUUCGAAAUUAUAAGUGCAUUCCCACUCUGGAAAGAGAGGUAUCAGAUAAGGUGUUCCAGGAAUACGAAAAGAGACUGAGUGAGAGCGAAACUCUAGACACUAAGGACUAUUUAGAUGCCCAUAGAGCUUUGGUGGCGAAGUAUUUGCAAAAGGUUAGAGAAACUGUGAUGAACAGAUUCCUGCUUGCAAAGCAUCAUUAUAUCCUCUCUGACGUUGUUAUAGAAGAGGAGGUGCCAAGCAUUGGAAUUUUAGGAAUAAACUUAUUUAAGCUUGCUGAACCUAAGAGACCUUUAAAACCAAGAAGAAAGGAAAGGAAGAAAGUUACAGCUCAGAAUCUUUCUGAUGGUGAUAUUAAAAUUUUAGUGAAUGUUAUUCGUGCUUAUGAUAUCCCUAUUCGGAGACCUAUUUCAAGCAAAACAUCAGCAUCCACCAGACCUUCUAGGCCCUUUACUGAAACUCUUAUAAGUGGUCAGCCAUCACAGAGUCCGUCUCAGAAUAAUGACUGGGCAAUAAAUCAGGUUCUGGUUCGUCCAUUUGUUGAAGUAACAUUUCAGCGGACUGUACGCCACACAACAACAGCUGAUGGACCAAAUCCAAACUGGAAUGAGGAAUUAGAGUUACCAUUUAGGGCCCCCAAUGGAGAUUACAGUACUUCUAGUUUACAGUCAGUGAAGGAUGAUAUUUUUAUCAAUGUAUUUGAUGAAGUGGUAUAUGACAUUGUUGAGGAUAACAGAGAGAGGGGUGCAGGUAUUCAUACUAGAAUUGAACGCCACUGGUUGGGAUCUGUUAAAAUUCCUUUUACCACCAUUUAUUUUCAGUCACGGAUUGAUGGGACAUUUAAGAUUGAAUGUCCUCCCGUUUUAUUGGGUUACAGUAAGGAGCGCAGCCUGGGUAGUGAAGGAGGUUAUGAUGCUGUGAGAAGUCUUAGUGACGGUUGCUACCUAACACUUUUCAUUACCAUUGAACCUCAGCUUGUGCCAGGGGAAAUGGUGAGAGAAAAGUUUGAUACUCAGGAAGAUGAGAAACUCCUCCAAGCUGCUGAGAAUUUCCAAAAAGAAGCUUCAAUGAAGUUUCCUACUCGCAGAUGCCUUACCACUGUGAUUGACAUAAAUGGGAAGACAGUAUUCAUCACAAGAUACAUCAGGGCUCUCAACCCUCCCCAUGAGCUGCUGGAAAUGACUCCCAAUAACCAGCAGGAAACUGCUGAAUUGAUGGCUCACUUUGUUUCCCUCAUCCCGUCCUUGCCUGACAAUGUUUCCUUUGCUGGAAUUUGUGACCUGUGGAGUACUUGUGAUCAAUUUUUAGAUUUGUUGGCUGGGGAUGAAGAAGAACAUGCUGUUUUGUUGUGUAACUAUUUUCUAGCAAUGGGAAAAAAGGCUUGGCUCAUUAUUGGAAGUGCUGUUCCUGAAGGGCCAACCUCUUAUGUAUUGACUCAAGAACAUAGCCAAUUCAUCAUUUGGAACCCAAGCACAGGACAGUUUUACAGUCAGUAUGACACUUUCUGCCCAUUGCAAAGUGUUGGCUGCCUUGUUAAUGCUGACAAUGUUUGGUUCAACAUACAACAGUAUAAUGCUCCUAUGAGAAUGAGCUUUGAUAUUACUAAAUCCAAGUUCUGGAAACCUUUUUUCUCAAGAAAUUUUUCUCAUCCAGGACUUUCCAGUAUCCAGCCUGAAGAACUGGUUUAUCUCCAAACGGAUAGGGCUGCAGUAGCUGAACUACAAGAUAGAAUAGAAAAGAUAUUAAAAGAGAAGAUUAUGGAAUGGAGACCAAGAAAUCCAACUCGUUGGAACAGAUACUGUACGUCAACCUUAAGACAAUUCUUACCUAAGUUGGAACUAACAAGAGGAAAAGAUGUUGGAGAUGAACACAGAAUGGAACUACAGAAUCUGCUUGGAGACUACAGAAUUUGUGGAUUUCCUAUACACAUGGCCUUCUCUGAAAUUCAGCCCAUCAUUGAAGCAGUGUACAGUACCGGUGUUCACAAUAUGGAUGUUUUUAAUGUCGAAUUUGCCCUUGCUGUUCAUAUAUGUCCAUAUCCAAAUAAUGUCCUCUCAGUCUGGAUAUAUGUUGCUUCACUUAUUCGAACCAGGUAGCAAAAUAUCCUCUAGAGUUUUUCAUAGUAAUAACUAAGAUUUUGAAGUCAAGUCUUUUGCAAUCAAUAAAAAUCAUGCUGCUGCAUUAAAUGACUAUCCAUAAUACGAUAUUGCCAAACAGUGAUUCUAAACUAUUUUUAAAUAUUUUCAUGCAAAUUAUUGUGUAAAAUAUAUG